GGUGGGGGCUUCCUAUGUCCUAUGUCCCACUUACUGCAGACUCAACCCCGAGUGAGGACUGCACCAGUAGACAGAGCAGCCUGAGCCAGGAUGCAGGCUCUCAGGGCUGUCCUCCUGAUCUUGCUACUAAGUGGACAGCCAGGCAGCAGCUGGGCACAAGAAGAUGGCGAUGAGGACCUGGAGCCAGAGAGCUACAGCUACGAUGACGACGAUGAAGAGGAAGAGGAGGAGACCAACAUGAUCCCUGGAAGCAGGGACAGAGUGCUUCUGCAAUGCUACUUCUGCCAAGUGCUUCACAGCGGAGAUAGCUGCAACCAGACACAGAGGUGUGCCGGGAGCAGGCCCUUCUGCAUCACAGUCAUCUCCCAUGGCGAAACCUCCGACAAAGGCUACCUGACUACCUACUCCAUGUGGUGUACCGAUACCUGCCAGGCCCUUGUCAAGACAGUGGAAAGCACCCAGGUGACCCAGACCUGUUGCCAGUCCUCACUGUGCAAUAUUCCACCCUGGCAGAGCCCCCAAGUCCAGAACCCUCUGGGUGGCCGGGCAGACAGCCCCCUGGAGAGUGGCACCAGACACCCUCAAGAUGGCAGGUUGAACCACCCCCAGGUUGUUAAGGUUGCUCAUCCUCGGAGCAAUGGGGGUAACUUGCCUAAGGGCGGCAAGCCUAACCAGCCCCAGGGAAGCGGCGCAGGAUGCCCUCCAGGUUGGACCGAAUUUGGUAAUACAGUCCUCCUGUUGAGCUUCCUCACUAGUCUGUGGGCAUCUUGGGCCUGAAGACCCAUAUCCUCUUCCAACCAGGACACCCUGGCCUCUCCUCCCUGACCAGCUUCAGAGAAUAAACCUUUGUUAUCUA